ACUUAACUGGUUUUUGUGGUCUAGAACUAAAGAGAUGUAUGGCAACCUAAUAAUUCUGUAUGCCCACGUUUUUCCAUCGAUAAAUAUCUCUAUUCAGCUAUCUUCUUCCCCUUCAUCAUCAUGGAAGAUGUAUGUUAUGUGUAAAUUUCUUUAGGGUUUUUUUGCUUUUAAUCUUCCUAUUUUUGAUGGAAAUCUGUUGGAUCUUAAAAAUUUAAGGAAGUGUUGAUCCUUUUGAGUUUGAUUAUUUGGAGUCGAACAAUCUGUUGUUUAAUUUUGAAUUGUUCUUGAGCCAUUUCUUUCUUACUCGACCUUGAGAAACAAUGGUGAGAGGAAAGGUUCAGAUGAAGAGAAUAGAAAAUGCAACAAGCAGGCAAGUGACUUUUUCCAAGAGGAGGCAUGGACUUCUAAAAAAGGCCUGUGAGCUUUCGGUACUUUGUGAUGCUGAAGUUGCUUUGAUUAUCUUCUCUCAGAAAGGGGAACUCUAUGAAUUUUCUAGCUCGAACAUAAAGAAGACGAUACAGAAGUACCAUGAACAUGCUAAAGCAAAUGAAAGUUGUAAUACCGAAACUGAACCCCAUAAUCAGCAGUUGAAGCACGACACCAUCACCAUUCAAAAUAAAAUAGACCAAAUUGAAGUUUCACAACGGAAGCUUUUAGGACAAAGCUUAGGAUCAUGUUCGGUAGACGAGUUGAUGAAGCUAGAUAGUAAAGUGGAACAUAGCUUGACAAUCGUAAGAGAAAGAAAGACUCAAUUAUUCAAGGAUCAACUUGCUAAAUUAAAAGAAAAGGAAAGGUUACUAUUGGAAGAAAAUGCAAGAUUAUGUCAACGUAACAUAAGUUUGUGUGAAAAGACAUAUACUUUUACAAGAAGGCAAAGUAUCCAAAAUUCAGAGGUAGGGACAGAGUUGUUCAUUGGUCCACGCCUCCCUCAAAAUUCUCAAGAGUGAUAUUAUUAGAAGUUGAUUUUAAUGGAUACCCUCUGGUGGUAGGCACCCCUAGUUACUUAUGGUGGGUCUCCUCUAAACAAGUUCACCAACUUCAACCAUAUAAGUUCCUACACAUGCUAGUCUUUGUUGUAAUACUUCUACUCAAAUCUAAAAUAGCACUUAACUAGGGAUGAUUUUACGAUUAGAUAUUCUAGGCUUAUGAUUUCUUUCAUCAUACAACACAAUCUAUAAAAAUUAAUUAUAAUUAUUAAA